GUGCGGGGAACAGGGAUGGCCUGAUGGAGCCCGAAACCCCUCGUGAGGUGCCUUCCUCGUUCUGUUUGCCGGUGGACGUGUAUUCACGUCGGGUUCACGAUACAGGAAUGCGUUGAGAGCGUUACGGAGCCGGCGGGUUGUAUCACCCGUUUCUCACGCUCGGUGGAGAGACUUGUUUACCGACCUUUGUGUGGCCGGGAGGGACGGGCCCUGAGAACCCAGAAGGACCCCACCUGGGGUUGCCCAGCCGUUUUACAAAGAGCAUUUUCACUGCAUAAAGCACGUUCAGUAGAGGAUAUGGAAAAUACUUUGCAGCUGGUGAGAAACAUUAUACCUCCUCUAACUACCAAGAAGCACAAAGGCCAAGAUGGAAGAAUAGGCGUAGUCGGAGGCUGCCAAGAGUAUACUGGAGCACCUUACUUCGCAGCAAUCUCAGCUCUCAAAGUGGGCGCAGACUUAUCCCACGUGUUCUGCACCCGGGAGGCCGCACCUGUGAUCAAGUCGUACAGCCCGGAGCUGAUCGUUCACCCAGUUCUCGACAGCCCCAGUGCUGUUCACGAUGUGGAGGAGUGGCUGCCCCGGCUGCAUGCCCUGGUCGUGGGACCUGGCCUCGGUCGAGACAAUAUUCUUCUUGAAAACGUUAAGGGCAUUUUAGAAGCAUCCAAGGCCAGGGACAUCCCUGUCAUCAUUGAUGCAGAUGGGCUGUGGCUGAUAGCUCAGCACCCAGCCCUCAUCCAGAGCUACCAGAAGGCUGUUCUCACUCCCAACCAUGUGGAAUUCAACAGACUCUCUGAAGCUGUGCUGAGCCACCCGGUCGAUGGUAGUGAUCAUCAUGAAGCUGUACGGAGGCUCAGUCAGGCCCUGGGGAAUGUGACUGUGGUACAGAAGGGGGAGCGGGAUGUGAUCUCUGACGGCAAACAGGUACUCGAGUGCACCCAGGAGGGCAGCAGCCGCAGGUGUGGCGGCCAGGGAGAUCUGCUGUCAGGCACUCUGGGCGUCCUGGUGCACUGGGCACUGCACGCUGCUCCUGAAAAGACUAAUGGGUCCAGCCCUCUCCUCCUGGCCGCCUUGGGUGCAUGCUCACUCACGAGGCAGUGCAGCCUCCAGGCCUUCCAGAAGCACGGACGUUCCACCACCACCACCGACAUGAUUGCUGAAAUUGGGCCUGCAUUCAGCAAACUCUUUGAAACCUGAGCCACAACAGCAAAAAGCAAGCGUGCUGAUGGGGGAGGCUGCCUUUGUCCUGGGAAUCCACGUCAGGUAUUGAUUUUGGGCUACAUGCAUAGUUGAUUUAGUGUCACUGUAACACCUCCAAGUGUUCCUGAAUUUUUCUUAGCUGCUCAGUAGUAAGGGACAGAUGAGCUGUGCACAGGGCCAGCAGCUGAGCUUUGUGCACUUGCUGCAAGACCAUGGACCUGCUCCUGGUCUGGGCUCCUUCCUCCUCACUGCCCAUGUUUCCUGUGUGCGCGCAUGCGUGCACAAGAAAUUCCCCGUGUCAGAUGCUACUCACAAGACUCCCACUGGUCCUGUUAAGGUAUCUACAGGAUGAGGAGUUGUGCUCUUUAAAUUGAGGUCCACCAAGCGGCAUCGCACGUGUGGUCUUCGGCGUGUUUGCUUUUUAAACACGCAUUUGGUUGGAAUUGUCUGGGCAGAAAUAGUAAGCAUGAGUGGUUAAGGUUAAUUGGUUGAAGUAUUAUCAGUGACCAGCUUUCAGAGGAAACACUCCUCCUACGUGUGUGUGCAGUGAUGGCGGUGGGCAGCAUGCCCUUGGAGUCGUGGAGCCCUCGUCUGUGAUGUGACCCAUUCACAGGCUCUCAGGAGGAACAGACGAAGUUGGACAUUUGGGAGCACCCAGGAGGCCCUAAGUGCAGGGACUGACUGCUAUCAUUAAAAGUGGGUGUUGUCAGGAAGAGAUUCCAUUAGAGGUGCCCUGUUAGCCUCUGGCUGGCGCUCUAGGUGGAUGGUUUUCUCUGUGGCCUGAGAGCUGCUUCUCUGGUGUCUUUCUCUGUGGGGUUGGUUUCCGUGCCUGUGAAUACUUCCCGUAGGUUUCAGGGUCUUUCUACAAAGACAGGAGCUGUGUGGAUCCUUUACACGUCUGUUUGCCCAGACAGUCAUCGUUGGCUGAGGUUCUGAUUGAGACCCUUCCCCCCAAACGGAUCUUAAUGUUUCCCACUCUUGUUUCACAUGUAAUUUGAGAAGUGUCACUGUUUUUCCCUUUGGGGAAUUACAUCUAAAUCCUGGUAACUAUUAAAAAGCAUAUCUGGUUUA